AUGAAGCACCUGACAGGGAAAUCGCAAUUGACACAUCUACGGUGUUGCAAUAUACCAAAGAACAUUGACAGGUGCAGUCUCAACGAUAUGGGCCUCUCUGAACUUGUUUCAAUCCUGCGUCGAGGCAAAAGGAAGACGAGACUACAGGCAUCUAUGGGACUGCAGUUGAGAGACAUCCAGGUGCUGUGUCUGGUACUGAUGGUUGUGAUUGAACCGUUUCUUUGCUGUGCUGCUGCUGCGGCUGGUGGCGUGGUCCCCCGAACGAGAAUGGCCACGCCUGCAGCUGACGACGAUCCCUCGGUGACACUCACGAACUGCUUUCCCAGCGUAAUACUCAGUCCUUCCAACAUCCCAUACACCUGCGAAGUCAGCGAUGCCCAACCACUGAUUGACUUGAACCUCUCCGCAUCGUACUACACCUCAGUUCUCAAUCCUGGAUGGCCGGCGACUCUGGACGAGAAAGCCAAUACCAUUACAUUCAAGCCUGAUCGUGGGGCACCUUCGGGACGUUGGGAAUUGGCCAUAACACGUGUUUCUGACGAUGGAAACUCUGACACNCCUUCCAACAUCCCAUACACCUGCGAAGUCAGCGAUGCCCAACCACUGAUUGACUUGAACCUCUCCGCAUCGUACUACACCUCAGGCGUCCUCAGCUCCUUCUGGCCGGCGACUCUUGAUGCGAAAGCCAAUACCAUUACAUUCAUGCCUAAUGGUGGUGGUCCGUCUUCAGGACGUUGGGAAUUGGUCAUAACACGUAUAUCUGAGGAUGAAGACUUUGACACUCCUCUGACGACCAAUAAGAGCAUGGACUUCAUGCGCAUCGGUGCGACCCAUGCGGAUUUUGCUACACUCCAUCCGUAUUACGGUAUGGUCGUCUCGUGGGCACCCAAUCUCCCGAGUGGCACCAUGGCUUCCGACUAC